CUGCACUGCAGCAGCAAUGCACCAUAAUGGAGAGAGAGAGAGAGAGAGAGAGAGAGAUUUCCACAGAGACACAAAGCAGUGAACGCUAUCUGAUAAUAGGUCUAUACACAUGUAGCACCACUCAGUUGUACUAUAGUUUCUGUGUGUGAGUCCGUAACAUGAGCUCAGCUUAUAUAGGAUUUCACCUCAGCUUUUCUAGGAGCCAAAAAAAAAACAUCGUACAGUUUCACGUGAACGCUGAGAAGGAAAGAGGAGAUGUGAGGGGAGAUGGAGAGGAUGGUGUUAAAGAAAAACAAAGACAGCAGAUGCAGGAUGGAGAUGGGCUAAGAAAGAACAGGGGGAAAAGUCAAAUAAAGUCGAACACUUGCAAAAACUAGAUUUUUUUUUUUUGAAUCCACAGAUGGACAGAAAACAACACAUACAAAAGACGAGAGGAAAACGAGCAGGAGGGAGGGAAAGGAGAUGCCUGUGUCUCGAGGAACACACACACGUACUCAACACACAUAACCCAGGUGUAUUUAAAUUGAUCAGCCAAUCGAUGGGGAUUUUCAGAAGAGCUCCGCCCACCUUUGCUACCUGCCUUCCUCCCUCUCUCCCCUCCCCCAGUGGCCUCUUCCUAGCCCCCACCCACUCCGUCAUCCAGCCCUCAAUCCAGCCCUCUAUAUACAAAAUGACUCUGGAACUUACUGAAUGGUCUUCUAUAUGGAUUUUUACAGCUUGUAAUAGACAGUAGGAAAAAGAGGGAGAAACCUCAAUGACAAAAAAGCCAUAAACACACACACACAUACACACAUACACAGACACACACACACACACACAACACACACAAACCCACUCUUGGAAUGUACCGCACACUCUUCCUGUGAAAAUUCAACAACUUCCAUUAUUUCUUCUGGAUUUCUACAAGCCUUUGGAAAGCUGAUUUCGCAAAAAAAAAAAAUUCGACUCUGGGACCAAACAAAAAGGCGAGAGAGAGGAGGAUUAACACUUGCUUAAAUUAGGUGCAGUUGUUUUUAGGACAACCUGUUCAGAGGACAACUGAUUGCUGAUUGUUUCGUUAUAUUUUACAUUAACAUGCCAGAUCUAUAGAUCCGUUUUUUUUUUUUUUCAUUUAUUUGGUGUCCAUAGCCUUGUUGAGUUUUAGCAGGACCCAAGAUUACUUUUGUUACCUUUAAUGCUGGGACACUAUCUGUUACAGGGUUUUUAGUUUUUUUGAUAGUGGUAUUAGCACACUUGAACACCUCUAUCUGGGUAUUAUUCUUUUAAAGCAGUAAUAUAUAACCAGCAAGUUACUACCACAGGCUGCAAUUUGUAGCUUGUAAAGAUUGUAAUUAGGUCGCUACCAGUUUUAGAGUAACUCCGAGUGACUUGAUACGAGUAGUUUGAGGAAGGUGGGAAGCAGUAUUCUAUUGUUUUGUCAGCGUGUCAGAGGGGGUGCACUUGUCUUCUCACUGCGUGCAUGCCCUCCAACAUGCCUCCCCAGAACACAGAGGCCGACGCCAUGCAGGUCGGAUCUCUGGUGGGCGGGGCUAACGCCAAAAACACCACGGCAUCGGGCUCGGACAAGGACAAAGGAGGAGCAGGAGGUGAGACGGAUGGAGUGGGAGGCGGAGGUCGAGGAGCGGAGGAGGCGGCGAGCGAGGGAUCGCUCGAAGGCAUACCCUUGAAGAGAUGGGUGAUGCAUGGGGCCGUGAUGUUCGGCCGGGAGUUCUGCUACGCCAUGGAGACGGCGCUGGUGACGCCCGUACUGCUGCAGAUAGGUCUUCCAGAGCAGUACUACAGUCUGACAUGGUUCCUCAGUCCGGUCCUCGGCCUCAUGUUCACUCCUCUGAUCGGCUCGGCCAGCGACCGCUGCACUCUGCGAUGGGGCAGGAGGAGACCGUUCAUCCUGGCUCUCUGUAUAGGGACACUGAUAGGAGUGGCACUGUUUCUGAAUGGAUCGCUGAUCGGUCUGUCGAUGGGUGACGAGCAGGGGAGCCAACCAAUAGGAAUUGUUCUUACUGUGCUGGGGGUGGUAGUGUUGGACUUUAGUGCAGAUGCCACGGAGGGACCAAUCAGAGCGUACCUGCUAGACGUGGCGGACUCGGAGGAACAAGACAUGGCGCUCAACAUCCACGCUGCCUCAGCAGGUCUCGGUGGUGCGGUCGGCUACGCCCUCGGAGGUUUAGACUGGACGCACACCUUCCUUGGAGCAAUCUUCAAGUCCCAGGAGCAGAUCCUGUUCGUCUUCGCUGCCAUCCUCUUCUCCGUCUCUGUGGUGUUACAUCUCUUCAGCAUCGAUGAGCAGCCUUAUUUGCCCCAACAUGACAGACUGGAUCAGGAGAGUCCGGAUCGCACCAAACUGCAACCAUCAACCAAUGGCAGGAAUGGACUUCUCGCCCCCAAGCUUGAACUGAUUGGAGAGGAUGAAACGAUGGACAGCUACGACCUCUAUGACCCUUAUGGAGACAACCUGUCAGAGCAUGGGGAUAUGGACAUGGACUUCCUAGAGAUGGAGCUUGUGAGAAGUAAAAGUGACAGUGUCCUCGCCAUGGCAGACACCACUCUCGACCACCUGGACCACGAUGCGUUGUACCUGUGCCACUUAGAGCCGUCCAUUUUUGCUGACCGCCUCUCACCCUAUCAGGGCUCGCCUCCUACGACAGGCAACUUCUUCAACCUAAACCGUAGCACUCCGCCACCCCGGUUUGGCAACAUCAGACGCAGCAGCAGUGUAGGAAGUCAAGACCUGCUCCAACCCAACAACCACCAAACACACGCCACCAGCCCCAGAAUUUCCCGCCUCUCCGCUUUCUUACAGGAAAUGGAAAAUGACGACGGUCAGGAGGCGUUGCUGAACAACCAGCUCAACGAGCAGCGGACACUGAACGGGCGGCUGUUAGCCAGUGUGACUAAUCCUGACAGAGCUAGCACCAACGGGCUGAGCUCUAAAGGACAAGCACAUCGGGCUGGAAUGGUCAAAGCCGCCAGUACUGGAGCCCCCAUGCGGCAGUCAUGUCACCGUCACAUCUUCUACCGCCAGCCGUCCUGCACCUUCUCCUACUACGGUCGAGUGGGGAGCCACCGCUACCGCUGCCGCCAGGCCCAUGCAGCUUAUCUCAUCAAGCCGUCUCGCAGCAUGAACGACCUGUACGAAGUGCAGGCCAGACACAGGAGGAGGCACAGACAGACAAACAGACACCGCAGCGGAAACACUAACUCCUCCAGUGGGGAUACAGAGAGCGAAGAGGGAGAGGUUGAGACCACUGUGCGGCUGCUGUGGCACUCCAUACUGAAGAUGCCUCCGGAGCUGCUGCGACUGUGCGCCUGUCACCUGUUCACCUGGUUCUCCAUCAUUGCUGAGGCCAUCUUCUUCACUGACUUCAUGGGUCAAGUCAUCUACCACGGAGAUCCUACUGCUCCUCUUAACUCUACUUUGCUGGAGGACUAUCACAAAGGAGUUCAGAUGGGAUGUUGGGGACUGGUUAUAUAUGCCAUGACUGCUGCUACGUGCUCAGCUAUCCUUCAGAAGUACCUUGACAACUUUGACCUGAGCAUUAAGGUCAUCUACAUCAUGGGAACGCUUGCAUUUUCCAUAGGAACAGCUGUUAUGGCAAUCUUCCCUAACGUGUAUGUGUCCAUGGUGAUGAUCAGCAGCAUGGGCAUAAUCUCCAUGAGCAUCUCCUAUUGUCCUUAUGCUCUGCUGGGACAGUAUCACGAAAUGAAAGAGUACAUCAGGCACAGUCCUGGUAACUCCCGCAGAGGCUUUGGCAUCGACUGUGCCAUCUUAUCCUGCCAGGUCUACAUCAGUCAGAUCUUGGUGGCCUCAGCUCUGGGUGCUGUAGUGGAGGCUGUUGGCAGCGUUCGUGUCAUUCCCAUGGUGGCCUCUGGGGGCUCCCUCCUCGGAUUCUUCACCGCCUUCUUCCUGGUCAUUUACCCGACUCCAAACAACGGGGAUGGGGAAUCCGCCAAAGCUUCGAAACGGUCCUUGACAAAACUGGAAAAUUACAACAGCAACAAAGUGGCUGUUACAGUGGUGACAGAGAAACCCAGCUUCCUGAAACUCAACAAGAAGGGCAAGGCCACCACCACCACCACAACCACCACCGCUUCCUGUCACAUGGAGAACGAGUCAGCUCUGUGAUUGGCUGGCUUAAGUCGACAGACACGCUGCUGCAGAAACAACAAAAUUCACUGAAAAGAUUGCUGAUGGGAAGACUUUAGGAUAUUGCCGUCCGCGUCAUGCUGGAGUUCACAGACACAACAUUUGGUCCACUCUUGGUGUCUCUACUUUCUUUGACAGGCUUUUUCUUGAUUUGCUGAAGAAAACAACUCAAUCUUACAUGGGACCAGUGUCACACCAGGCCAACAAAGCAUUCUGGUCCCAGUGCUGAUUCGGCCAUCACAGAAAUUCUUUACACUUACCCCUCAUAAGCUUUUGACUGAUCUGUCAGGGUUGUCCAGAGGUGGUUUUAAGGAGAGGUUGUCUCUGUCUCUCAGGGCCUUUAGAAGGUGCUACUGAGCAGCUGCCUGACAAUUCAGGGGACUUGCACACAUAUACAUAUACACACACACACACACACACACCUCUUCAUCUGUGGUCAACACAAUCGAAUGAACACAUGAAUAAUUGACGAACAUUAGUCCUUGAAGCUGCAACCAUUCAAAAAUGCUGAAAAUUGUUCUUCCUCGCCGUGGAAUCGGCUCGAUCUAAUCUGCUAUGAUGAUGCCGACGAGAUUGACAAGAGUGUGUGCGAGUGUGUGUCUGCUGACGUUUUCACCAAAAUAUACCCAAUGACACGCUCGGAUUUGCGGGACUUUUUUUUUCAGCAUUCUGCAACAGUAGCUUUAAGACUCUAGAGACUUCUGCAAGUGGCAUUUCUGAAACAAAGAGCCCGGUGCCUGGCUCUUGGUUCUUUAAAAAUGACUCUUUAAUCCCCAGAUUGAUUGCAAGUGUGUGUGUGUGUGUGUGUUUUUGCCCUCCUCCACGUGGCAGGAGUGCUAAAGUCUUUAAUUUGGCCUUCACUCCAGGGCAAAGAUGACAAUAGGCUCUGCUCAGAAGCGGCCUGUAUAUUGAGGGUCAAGAAUACAGAUGUGUAUUGAGUGAGAUUCCCGGGGGAAAAAAAUGAGUGCAGUUGCAAUAUGUGCAGUCUACAGGGCAUUACAAUCCCAAAUAUUAUUGUCAUGAUUUAUUGAGGGCCCAGAAUGAUGCUUCUGUUUGUUUUGAAUAAUCUCGACUGACCUACAUGCUGCAUGAUAGAGGAGCAGAGGAGAGACAAACCAAACACCAGAGAAGAAGAGGAGAGAGAGGUGGAGCUGCUCUCUCUCUCUCUCUCUCUCUCUCUCUCUCUCUCUCUCUCUGCUUUCUUGCUUAAUCAUUUUAAGAAAAUGCUGUUAGCACAAUGUUUGUCACUAGCUGCACAUUAGCUGAGCCAUAGUUUGAAAUUGUGUUCAAUAGCAUCCAGUAAGAACUUUUUUUUUUGAAGUCCUCUUGGGUUGUUGGACGCAUUUGUCUUCGGACACCAGCAGGACGCUCCUGGCGCUCCUCUGUUCCAGUGGAUCCAGCAGUAACUCUACCAGUAAUCUGGAAUUGGACACAAGAAUGUUAGAAUGGGUCCUGGAUAAAUAUGUAAUGUAAGAGAGGCAAAAUAUAUCCUUCUAGUUCAGGCUUGUUAUGUGAGGAUUUCCGCUCCUGGUCUAGGUAUCUUGGUUCCACUGUACAGGGCCAAAUAUAAGUAUGAUAUAAUAGUUUAGAUGACAUCUGUGUGUUGUAUGCUGAAUGGAUAGUUAGAAAAGGACAGAGGGAUGACAGGAGGACUGGAGGAAUGUGAAAAUAUUCAGCAUUCAGACAUGAACGUGCUAUCGAUCUUCUCAUCUGCGUCUUCCCAAAAUGCCAAAAUGUUCUUUUAAAUGUUUGAAAUUAAGCAACAUUUUAAUAUUUAAAGAUUAGGAAAUACGUGUCUUAACUUGAUCCAAAAUAAGGCAAUGGAGGCAGAUUUAACAUUUUCCGCAGACUUCAAAUUUAUUAAAAUCAAAUGUCUGCUCUUGAAAACUAAAACUUAACAGAUAGUCACCUUGAAAACAAUCCACCUUUGCCUCCCGAAAAACUACAAAACAUCAAGAAUAAUUGACCAAAAAACCCCCCAGCCUGCCCAUGCCUAGGAUAUAUUUGAUCUUGAGCCGAACAGCUUCAGUUAGUUUCUUUUACAUGAAGUGAGAGAUGCCGGUGAUGCUUCUCCACACUGCGUCUGCUGCUUCAUGAGGACGUGAUGGAGGAUGAGGAAGAAACUGUUGAGUUUACACAGUGAUGAGACGGAGGGGCUAAUUACAAAAGUAUUUUAUUAAAACUCGUGCAAGUUGUAUAAAACUAAACUCUUAUUAAUACUGAAUAAUGUUGAUUGUAGACCAAAAAGGAAUAGUGAUCUUGGAAUGUUUUAAUAGCUGACAAUGCUGGACGUUUUAAAAAAAAAAAAAAAAAAAAAAGUUGUAGUAAGAAAGUUAAAGUGAAAGAUUUAACACUUUAUUGUGUCUUUUGUUUUCUGACAAAUCCGAUCUUUUGUUGCAAUAACAGCCUCUGUUAAUCAGCUGGGAAGAGGUCUGUGGUGGUCUGUGAGGGUGGUGGUGAAAUCCUGCAUCUGUCGGGGGGGAAAGGCUGUGGAUUUGGGUCGGUUGUCCUUUUAGCUCAAUCAGCUGAAACAUGCAAAUUUGAAAGGAAUCGAAAUGUAAAUUGCAGUGACUUAAUUUACUGAUGGAAGAACAUUUUAUUUUGGUGUGUAUUAGAGCAUUUAACAGAGAGGAGUAUUUAUAUUUUUGGUUUUAGAAGUGAAUUCACUCACCGAUGAUGUGGUUAUUGUUUUUCUUUCACUUGGACGGGUGCUGGUGCAGAGUUUCAUCCUGUUUCUAACAGAAUAGAUUCCUUCCAUGAUUUCAGGUACAUUCAUUCAGUCCCAGAGCAGAGUAGAGCGAGAGAGAGAGUGUGUUUUUUGCUUCCUGGGUUGACCCUCUGGCUGUGGUGCUGGGACAAAAAAAAAAGCAGGGAUGGGACAAUGACAAAAGACGAGGGGAUACAGAUGCCAGAGUUUUGAAUGUCUUCUGUAACCUCUAGGGCAAUAAAAUAGUCUGGAUUAAAUAAUGGACACACAGCGUCAGUUUAAUGACAAACAUGAAGAUAAAAACAUAGCUUUGGGUUUGAGAGGUUUGCAUGUGACAACAGCAAUAUGCAUGUGCGGAACACCAAAGUAUGACUCUGUACAAAUCACUCAAGCUCUUUGUUGUCCUAACAGGUCAGGGAUGUAUUUUCUAAUGCAUGGCUGGAUGUUUUUGUUUUGAACUUAAAUGUGUGAAGAAAAACCAACAUGUACUAUUUAAGCUGAAACUCUGUGCUCGGUCUGGGUCAGUACACGCACGACAAGCAAUGUGACUUUCCAAAGUUUGUGCACAUUUUUCCGAGUACAGUUUGAGACGGCACACAUCUCGUUGCUUUUUAACACAGUGUGCAUGUGGCCUGAAGACGAGGUUUGUGUCGUCUUCCCGAGCAACACUCCUUGUUGAAAGUGUAGGUGAGAAACUCUAGGCCUCGAAUACUUGAAGUGCAACUUUAGUGUUUCGUUUUCAAUACAGUGGUAAGUCUUUGAUUUCUCUUUUUUUCCCCAACGUCCCAAGCCUUCUAUUACCCGCAGACUCUGGAAUGUUCAGACAGCAGCAUGGCCUGCUGGGAGAUUGAGUUCUUACCUUUUUGAUUCCAUCUUGUGACUUAAAUGUUAAAAACAAGGUCAAUGAAUGUGAAGUGAUUUCAGCCGAAAUAAUUUUUGUUUUGAUGUUCGACAAGCCUGACAUUGCACAGAACUUGCACAUUAUUAAGUUAAGAAAAAACUAAAAACAGUAGAAGUGUUUUUUGCAAAAAGGAAGAAACAAACUGUUGAUAUUUAUUUUUUAGAGCUUUCAUGUCCGUAAAGGACACAUUUCACUUCGUUUCCAAAAUCAGUUAAAGCUAUUCUAAUUGCUGUUACGGGAGAUGUUACACAGUCAGACUGGAGUGUGUGUGUGUGUGUGUGUGUGCGUGUGCGCGUGCGCGUGCGCGUGCGCGCAUGUUUGCAGUCGUGUCACAGCUGCUCACAUGUAAAGCGAAAGGCAAGAGCGUGUUAAACGUCAUCUCAGUGUUUGUUUUGGGUUCAUGUUCUCUGUUCUUUGCAAUCACCUGGUUUACACUUAACUCUGGAAUCGAUGGCUGCAAUACCUGAGGUUAUUUAGUCUUUAUUCUCUCUGUUCUGGUGUUUUAACUCAACUAGAAAGUGUAUUUUUAAUUUUUAUUUUAAGGCACAGCCACACAUGAGAGUUUGGCCUUUGCACUUUUUCAGUGGCAGCCAUGUUGGCUCCACGGUCCUGAUCAUUGAAUGAAUGUGGCGACGUGGUGGUGAUGCUGCUUCAUGUUCCCAGCAGCAACUGUCAGUAACAGCAGCAGCGUGGCGGCCAUGCAGUUAUAGUCCAACCUGGCCAGACUCGGUGUGUGUGUGAGAGUGUGUGUGAGUGUGUGUGUGUGUGUGUGUGUGUGUGUGUGUGUGUGGCUAUGAGAUGCCUAUAUACUUUGAUCCUCACAGAGAUUAAAUCUAGAAGAAUACUUAAAGAAUGGGAAAGCAAGUAUGCGCACUGUACUAUAUAUAAUAUGCCUUGUUAUUUGAAAAAAUAAGAUGUAAAUAUACAUAUUUCUCUUUUAGUUUCUUCUUUUUUGCUGCUAUAAAAAAAGAUGAUUAUUUUUGUUGGUAGUUUUGUUUUCUAUAUAAAGACUGUAUAUAUCUCUAUGUUCUGUAAAUAAGCUUGAGCCUUCACAUGUAGGACUCUGGAUGAACACUGUAUGGAACGCACCUUUAAAAUCUGUUCAGAAUUAAACCAAAAA